AUACUACGAUCUCAUGACUAUUUUGGCCAAUACGGUAAGAUCGCCAAAAUUGUCGUAAAUCGUCGGAAUCCUCCAGCAUCGACUGUCCCCAGCACACCUCCACCUCAGCCUAGCGUUGGAGUUUAUAUCACAUACGUACGAAAAGAAGACGCAGCAAGAGCAAUAGCCGCUGUGGAUGGCAGUAAUUCGGACGGCAAAGUGUUGAGGGCAUCAUACGGUACAACAAAAUAUUGCACAUACUAUUUGCGCAGUAUGGUCUGUCAAAAUCCCAAUUGCAUGUAUUUACAUGAACCAGGAGAAGAAGCAGAUAGUUACACUAAGGAGGAUUUGGCUUCUUAUCAUCUCAAGGAACAUGCAAACACCGAAGCACAUAAGAUUCAAUUAGGUCGACCACCUUCAUCAGGACCAACCACAGUGUUUCCUCCGCCACAUUCUACUCAACCGCAUACUGUUAAGAAAGCAGAGCCUCCUCCGCACCGGGUAGUUGGACCAGAAAGUGACAGAGGAAGUAACGAUGAGAGGGAAGAGG